UCAUGGUAUCAAGAGCAAGGUUAGUUUUUUUUCCGCAUAAUUAAAUCACAUACGUGAGCUAUGGCAAUCGAUGAUGACGAACCGAAAUCAACACCAGGAGAAGAGCUUUCUAAAGAGUACUAUCUGGGUUCGAGCGACGCACCCGGAAACAUUAUCACGCCAAUUAAACUGCGUGGAUCAAAGAACUAUGAUGAGUGGGCUGCCUCUGUCCGUCGAGCCCUUAUAUCCAAGAGGAAAUUUGGGUUUGUUGAAGGAAAAAUCAAAGAACCCACGGACCCUGACAGACUCGCGGAUUGGAUAGCGGUACACUCGAUGCUCAUCUCUUGGAUUUCGCACACCCUAGACGAAUCACUGCGAUCAACUGUUGGAGAUUUUGACGAUGCCGGUGUCAUGUGGCUCUACCUGAAGACACGGUUUUGUGUGGUGAGUGGUACUCGCUUAUGUCAGUUAAAGAAGAAACUUUGGAACUGUAAACAACAACCCAAUGAUCCCGUCCCGACUUACUAUGGUAGUCUCUCCACAUUAUGGAAGGAGUACAUCGCUUAUGCUCGUGUGCCUAGGUGCUCUUGUGGGGCGUGUAAAUGUGAUAUCGCUGGUCAAAUUAAUCAUAUACGGGCUGAAGAUUACCUCCAUUAUUUCUUGAUUGGACUUGAUACUCCGUACAAGGCGAUUCGAGCCCAAUUACUCGCACGAUCACCUCUGCCUAGCGUGGAAGACGCUUACUUGAAUGUAUGCAAUACGGAAUAUCUUCGUGAAGAACAAAGCCAUGACCGCCGUGAACCUGUGGUGGCAUUCAAAAUCGAGGCUCGUUCCCGGACCCGCGACGACAACAAUGACAAGUUCUGUAAUCAUUGUAACAAAGGAGGGCAUGACGAGGAUGGAUGCUUUCAAUUAAUUGGGUAUCCAGAAUGGUGGCCGGGUGAUCGGAGGGGAGGCCGUGGCUCCAGCCGUCCAGGUAACAAAGGCGGGAGGAUGAGCGGUGGUCGGUCUUCUAGUGUAGGAGGUAGUAACAAUGGAGGGGGGAUGAAUGCAGGUACAACUAACAGAAGCAGUAACAAUAUUGUUAGGGCAAAUAAAGUACAAACUCAAAACACACAGGCCUCUACCAAAAACAAUAGUAAUGGGCUUGUGGAUGGGCUAGCAGAAAUUUCAGCAACUCAGGCCCAGCAGAUUUUAGAUUUAUUAACAUCCAAGGCUAAAUCCAAAUUGCAGGGUAAGAUUAAUAAUAAUUUAAUUUGGAUCGUUGAUACAGGAGCAUCGAAUCAUUGCACAUCCGACCUCUCGUUAUUGAUGAACAUUCAGACAAUUCCGGAUUGUCCUGUCGGACUCCCGGAUGGACAGACCGCAUAUACAAAUCAAAGUGGCUCGGACCGGUCGACGAGGACGAUGAUUGGCCUGGGUGUACGUAAAGAUGGACUUUAUUUUUUCCGUGGAAUUCCGUUGGUCAAAUUGUGCAGUUGAUACAAAUUGUGUGGUGGAACUGUGGCAUCAACGAAUGGGACAUCCAUCGGACAAAAUAGUGAAGCUUCUUCCCCUGUUAGUAGUGCAGUCAGAAAAAAUAAUAAAGUAUGCGAUAUAUGUCCUCAUGCUAAGCAUACUCGUAGUAGUUUUCCUAUUAGUCAGAAUAAAGCAAGUAGAAUGUUAGAAUUAGUACAUUUGGAUUUAUGGGGACCUUACAAGACUCGUUCGUCUUGUGGGGCUCGGUAUUUUUUAACUAUUGUAGAUGAUUUUUCUAGGGGAUUAUGGAUUUAUUUACUUCGUGAUAAAACUGAGGUUGAGACUAUGUUUAUGAAUUUUGUGGCAUUAAGUAAACGACAAUUCA